AUGGGUACUCCUCGUACACCACCUAAAAGUGGCUCCCAGCCGGAUCUUCCCACCUAUAUAGACCAAGAAAAUCAUCACAUCACCUUACGGAAGAGAAGACACCCGGAUCUUGAUUAUGACAUCAAACAGGAACUUGCUGCCUUUAGACAGGAUAUGACAACCCUCCUUAAAGAAUUCACAAAUGAUUUUACUAACACGCAAGAUCAAAAGUUGGCCGGCAUGCGUGAGGAUAUAAGGUCUGAAAUUCGGGAGCAGCUAAGCGAAUUUAAAUCAUUGUCAGAGAGCUUGAAGGAGACACAAUCACGCGUUGAAACCAGUUUGUCUGAUUUUAAUACUAGAAUUACUACCGCCGAGAAGAAAGUUGCCUCAGUAACAUCUAUUACAAAAAAUCUCCAUGAAGCCCAGGAAACUAUCAAUCGGCUAGUCAUUGAAAACAAUUCAAGUAAACAAUUUUCAAUGCUUAAUAACCUGGAGAUCUCUGGCAUACCGUACUCCAAAGGUGAAAAUUUAAUGACUAUCCUUCGAGACAUAUGCGCCAAGGUCGGGUAUCAUCUGGGUGAAAGUGACGUCGACGUUAUUCACCGGGUGCGUCGCUUUCAAACGAGCCAGGAUGAAGCGCUAAAGAACAGCAGACCACCGGCAAUAAUUGCUAGAUUUACACAACGAUGCCAGAAAAAUGAAUUACUAGUUGCCGUUCGUGCGCGCCGUGGCCUGACAACGGCUGACAUCGGUUUGCCGGGGCCCGCUGCAGCUGUGUACGUCGGCGACCACCUGACCUCCGUUAACAAAUUACUCUUGAAGCAGGCUAGUGGUUAUUACCAAAAUGUGAGGGGCUUGCGAACAAAAGCUGGAGAUUUUAAUAUACCGGAAGCCGAGUGGGUGCCCCACUCGUCCCCGGGAAUGCAUUUAAUUACAGCAUUUUUCACAACCGCGUUGCUUCUGUGCGCCUACCGUUAUUUACCAACAAUACCAAGACAGGAAGAGGAAAACAUAAUCAGAUAUAUUCUACUGUGGUCUGACCCAAGUCUUGCUCCUUUGAGUUUUUUAAGUCACGCAUUCGACGCGUUUACAUCGAACGAUUGUGAAUACACGAAUUGCUACGUGUCGUAUAAUCUCAGCGAUCUGGAAGGCGCGGUUAAUUUCGAUGUAAUCGUGUUCAACGGACGGCAACUGCCUAAAGCACACCAUUGGCCACGAUAUAGGUCGCUUAAGCAGAAAUACGUUUAUGCCAACAUGGAGUCGCCUCAGAAUUUUCCCGUUCACGACACUCACCUCAACGGCUUCUUUAAUUGGACCUGGACGUAUAAGUUGGAUUCUGAUUUGCGUUGGGGCUACUUCACAGUUUACAACUUGGCCGGGCAAGUUGUUGGGCCUAGAAAAGAAAUGCAUUGGCAAGAGAUGGAUGCUAUAGACGACCAGACCAAGACUCGUUUGUCUUCGAAGAGCAUAGCAGCAGCUUGGUUCGCGUCUGAUUGUAACACACUUAGUAAAAGGGAAGCAUUUGCUAAAGCUUUGGAAAAAAUGCUACACCGACGCGGACUUUUAUUACACGUUUACGGGGCGUGUGGCCAUGGGCGCCACGGCGUGUGUUCGCGGGGAAAUCCAGAGUGUGACAAAGUGUUGGAAAAGAAAUACUACUUCUACUUGGCGUUUGAGAAUUCGCUGUCUGAAGACUAUGUGACAGAAAAGGUGCUGACGGCUCUGAACCACUACACUGUGCCUAUUGUGUUCGGAGGAGCUAAUUAUUCCAGGUUCCUGCCUCCGGGCAGCUACUUGGAUGCGCGCGAGUUGGGCGCCAAACGUCUGGCGGAGCGGAUGGCCGCCAUCAUUGAUGACCACAAGACAGGCAACGGCCGCCUGUACUUUGACUUCUUUAGAUGGCGCAACCAUUACACAUUCAAAGAAACAGCUCGGGGAGAAGACGUAUGCAACAUUUGUAAACUGCUCAACGACCCAGCGGCACCGAAAACGACUGUUUAUGAAAAUUUUAGAGAAUGGUGGAUGGUCAAGAGUUAA